AUGCACUUCUUCAGCCUCAUCGUUCUCGCUAGCACGGCCCUUGCAGCCGCUCUGCCCGAGCCUCAGGAGUGCAACCCAUACUACAACUGCUGCACCUACAAAGAGACGCCAUGCAACAACCGCGGCGACCACUGCACGGCAACCUGUAACGAAGAAGUUCGCCGCGGUCUUUGCAAUGACUUGGGCAGCGGCUCCCUUUCAUGCAGCACAUAG